CCUCUCUCUCUCUCUCUCGUCAAACUAACGAACAUGGUGAAAUCCAAAUCUCCAGUCCCAUGGGCUGCUCGACAUCCACUUCUAUGCCCCUCCUCCGCCUCCGCCUCCACCGUCCGCCACAAAUCUGGGCAGCAGCGAGAAGCCCGAAACCUAAUCCUAGAGUCAACUUCAACCGCCGCUCCGCCAUCUUUCUCUCGACCUCUCUCUCCCUCCCCUCUACCCUAGCCCUUGCCGUCGACGAAAAUGAAACCGUCCCACCACCGCCUCCACCCCCGGUCCCUGACACCACCAUUACAGACCGGGUCUACAUGGACUUCAGCGUCUGUCCGAACUAUUUCCGCUCUGAUCGCACCCUUGGAGACGAGUUCGCCGCUUGCCAAGAAGCGGAGCCUUUGGGCCGCGUCGUGUUCGGCCUCUACGGCAAGCUUGUCCCUUUAACCGUCUCCAACUUCAAAGCCAUGUGCACUGGCUCCUCCGGUUCGUCUUAUAAAGGUACAUUGGUUCAGAAAAUCUUCCCGGGGCAGUUUCUCAUGGCCGGUCGGCAGGGGCGGAGGGACAAGGGAGAGGUGAGGCCACCGUCUGGUCUAGUCAGGAAUACGGAGACUGUGGAUUCUAAGUCUUUCCUUCUCGGCCACUCGAGACCCGGUGUUCUCUCGUUGUGUUUGUCUGAAAAUGACGACGAUGAGGAGAUCAAGCUUAACCCCAACUAUAGGAAUGUUGAGUUUCUGAUCACAACGGGACCGGGGCCGUCUCCGCAGCUUGAUAAUAGAAACAUCGUAUUCGGAGCGGUGCUCGAAGGACUAGAUGUCAUUACUGCCAUAGCUGCCGUCCCUAUCUACAAACCAUCAGAAAGGAUCCGCCAGUUAAAUGAUUUUGCUGAGUUGCUGGGAGAUGAAAGGGCUCAGAAUGCCCGUGCAAUAUGGAAUAGGCCACUGAAGACGGUUUAUAUCAGUGACUGUGGAGAGCUGAAGGUGGCAAAACCUUCUCUCUCUCCUAGCCUGCCUUGAUAUAUGUGUUUUGCAGAUCAGGCUGCAUGGGUUGCCUGCACUUCUGUUAAUAACCCUUGCUUGUGAUGAUCUGUAUUCACAGGUUUUGAUUAACUUUCUCUGAAAGUAAUCAAUUCUUUUAGAGGAGGAAUACAAAGGGGAUUGUAGGGUGGUUGAUUUUAUUGGUCAUAUAUGCUUGCACUCAUGAAGACUUGUCUAUAUGAUAUGAUUUCUUCUUCCUGUUUGAAAUUUCCAACCAUAAACUGCAUUCAACGGGUUUACCGACCAUAAUGCAUGAAUAUGAUGUUUGCAUGGGAUUUGUUUCUA